AUGACAACUGUGUGCUGGCAGAGCGAGCCAGCCGCUGCGCACAUAGUAAACGAGCACCACAGAGACAUGCUGGCAAUCCUCGUGGCUACCUCCAUCCCUGCGGCGCUCACGCCCGGAGCCAAACCGUUCUUCGCUGUGGUGCAAACCUCGGUGGGAAAUGCGGCUCGCACGGCCUCAGAUGCAGUGCGGAAUUCGCCCGCUGUUGCGACUGGCUUGUUUGCCACGGCCUCAAAGGCAGUGCAGCAGUCUCCCGCGGUCGCCGUGGGCUCUUUUGCGGCUGGCGUAGCUGCUGGCUGCGCGGGUUCCACUCUCCAGCGCUGUCUCGACCUCUACCUGACCGCUGACGACAUGCCUGGCAGCCAUCUGCGACAGCACCGUUCCAUUGCUGCCAAGGUGGUCGCCGUGAGCGAUGGCGACACCUUGCGCGUUCGCCACACGCCCACGCUCCUGUCGUCUGGCAAAUUCAAGGGCAAGCUGUCAGAGAACACCAUCUCUGUGCGAAUCGCUGCCGUUGACACGCCGGAGACAGCCAAGUUUGGGCAGCCAGGACAGCCGCUCGGGGCAGACGCCAAGGCCUUCACAAAGAGGCUCCUUAAUCGCCGCGUCAGGGUGCGCUGCUACGCGCGCGACCAGUAUGGGAGGAUCGUCGGAACGGUACAGUACGGGAUACGGCGGCGUGACCUGUCGACCGAGCUACUGCGCAAGGGUCUGGCCUCAGUUUACCGCAGCGCUGGUGCAGUCUACGCGCAGCGCCCCCUCGGCGGCUGGGAUGCGAUCGAGGCGAGGGCGCAGCGUAAUCGGCUUGGCAUGUGGCAAAGAGGCGUCAGCGCGGCGAUGCUGCCCGGCGAGUUCAAAGCGCGCCAAAGAAAGAGGAAGGCCAAGUCGUGA